AUGGGGCUGCUUGUGCUGGGCUUCAGGGUUGAAAUGGCGUGUCGAGGAAGUGCCAAUGGAAUGGGGCUCCUUCUGAUAUUCUUACUGGAUUUACUGGCGACGACGGCCAGCAAUAUGGAGCCGAUCUACUGGAAUUCCCUGAACGAGCGGUUCAGGGACGAUAAGGGCUACGUCCUCUACCCUCAGAUCGGGGACCGGCUGGACCUCAUCUGCCCGCCAGUGGACACGGCCCGGUCCACGCCUGAGUACGAGUUCUACAAACUCUACCUGGUGUCAUUGCGGGAGCAGGCGGACCGCUGCGAGGUGAACGGCGCGCCCAACAUCGUGCUGACCUGCGACGAGCCGACCCGCGAGCGCCGCUUCACCAUCAAGUUCCAGGAGUUCUCGCCCAACCUCUGGGGCCACGAGUUCAAGAGCAUGCACGACUACUACAUCAUCGCUACGUCAGAUGGGACGCGUCAAGGCCUGGAUAGCAUGAGAGGCGGAGUGUGCGCCACGCACGGCAUGAAGGUGGUCCUGAAAGUGGGGCAGAGCCCAUACGGGCUGCCCCCGAAGAAGGAGCCGCCGGCAGGACGCACCACCAGCAGAAACCCAGGCGGUGCGGGGAACUCCUCCCAGGGACCCACCGCCGGCGGCGAGAACGGGCCCCUGCAGUCCUCCAACAUCGCCGUCAUCGCCGGCGCCGCGGGGGGCUCGGCCUUCCUCCUGCUGGUGACGGCCGUGAUCUGCGUGGUGUGCUACAGGCGGCGGCACGCCAAGCACUCGGACACCCACCACCCGCCGCUGUCGCUGUCCUCCCUCACCAGCCCCAAGCGGGGAGGGGGCGGGGGCCUCGGCAGCUCCAACAACAACGGCUCCGAGCCCAGCGACAUCAUCAUCCCCCUGCGGACGUCGGACUCGGCCUACUGCCCGCACUACGAGAAGGUGAGCGGAGACUACGGACACCCCGUCUACAUCGUCCAGGAGAUGCCCCCCCAGAGCCCCGCCAACAUCUACUACAAAGUAUGAGACGGCCGCUGCUCCGGCCGACUGGACACACCCACCUCCCUCUAACCCGUACCGACCAAUCCACCCCCCCCUCCAAAUGAAGAGCUCGCCAUCACAGCUCUGAUCCUAAACCCCUCGAUACUACCAGUAUUGCCCCGCAACACCCCCCCACGCCCCCUCCUAACCCCCUGCCACACACUUCACCACUCGCUGCCCGGCCACAGUUGUGUUCCCAGCAGAAUAAACCCCACCCACACACCCGCCCGCCCCGUUCUCACACACCGGGCCACAAGGUGUGUGUUAAGGGCAGUUUCCUUAACAAGGGCCCUCACAAAUGGGCACGAGCCUCUUGAGAGCCCCCUCUCCCGUUAACUCGGAGGAAAAACGGGACCCACCCGUGCCGAAUUCAAGAGUGGUCCCCGUAACGCCAGCGUGUGUUUGUGCGUGUGGAAGCACACUUUGUGUCUAGGAGGAUGGACCAGGCGCUGGGACCUGCAAUGUUUUACAAAAGAGGAAGAAAAAAAAAUUGGGAUAAAAGGACUUUAACAAAAGAAAAA